CUGUUUACCUGGCUCCUGGACCCCCAUCCCCAGGGCCCGCCAUCCCGACACCUUGACUUGGCCUUGGAUACAGGGUCUGUCUUUAAGGCCCAGAUCUAAACAGGCUGAGGUAAGGUCUGUUCCCAGAAGUGGUGACCCCCGCCUUGGCUGGGCCUUAUCAGGGGCUGCAGCCAAUCAGCCGAGGGCAGAAGAGCCCUCCAAGGGGCCCGCUGAGCCUCAGAGCCCACAAGGCAGCCACGGGUGCAGAGGCUUGAGCCUGAGUAGACACCCGCUAGCCAUGGCCACGGCUGAGACUGCCCUGCCCUCCAUCAGCACGCUGACCACUCUGGGGCCCUGCCCUGACACCCAGGAGGACUUUCUUAAGUGGUGGCGCCUGGACGAGGCGCAGGACCUGGGCCCAGGUCCCCCGGUCCCCGUGGGGCCGCCCCUUCACGUGAGUCCGGAGUCGGAGGACGCUCCCGGGGAGGACGAGGAUGGCGAGAGAGACGCAGAUGCCGCCUGGGACCUGGAUUUCUUCCUCAGCAGCUUCCCGGGCCCGGAGCCGGGCGGUGCGCCCCGGACCUGCGCCCUGAACCCCGGCGAGACACCCGGGGCGCAGUACGCUCCGCCUCCCGAGACUGUGAUCGCAGAAGACGCCCCACAGAAGCGCAGCCGGCGCUCGUGGGCGAGCAAGAGGCAGGCGGCGCACACGUGCGCGUACCCGGGCUGCGGCAAGAGCUACACCAAGAGCUCCCACCUAAAGGCGCAUCUGCGCACGCACACGGGGGAGAAGCCAUACGCCUGCUCCUGGGACGGCUGCGACUGGAGAUUUGCCCGUUCAGACGAGCUCACUCGCCACUACCGGAAGCACACGGGCCAGCGCCCCUUCCGUUGCAAGCUCUGCCCGAAGGCCUUCUCACGCUCUGACCACUUGGCUCUGCAUAUGAAACGCCACCUGUGACCCCGUCCGGGGCUGGAUCCUGCCUGGGACGGACAAUGCCAGAAGGGAUCUGUACUGUGUUGAUUCCUAAGGACAAAGCCUUGCUGGACUCCAGGCCAGAUUUGCCGUGGCCUCUACUGCAAGAUCCAGAAGUGAUCCAGAAACAGCUGGGGGCCUGCAGCGGGAAUUCCCACAUCCGCAGCCCCAGGGAGCCACACAGGAAACUCUGGCAGUCGCACUGACCCCCGGAUCAGCAGGCUCAGUUGGGCCUUUGGAUCAGAGCCCAGUCAGCCCUGAAAGGGGGUGGGUUGGGGAGCAUUUCCAGACCCUGAGUCUGCAAAGUCUCCAAAUCAGCUAUGAAUGGUUAUGGGUCCCCCUAAACGCGCUUCCCAUAUAAAGCUUUAAUGUUGGCCUGACUAGGUUUUGGGUGCUGCAAGUCUGAAGGAGGCUGUACCAGCAAAAGGGAUAUGGCGACCAGCAUGUACACUUAUCUAUUACAACUCAGCCACAUCCCCUUGCCACUUACUAGGAACAUCACCAUAACCGUACCCAGCCAAAAUAGUCAGGUCUCUGGUUCCGAACCCAGGCUCACUCACAAGUCUCCCUCCAUUUAAGUGCACUGAGACUGAGCCUAGUAUGCUGGCCCACGUCUGCAAUCACAGAACUCUGGGAAGCUGAGGCAGAAGGAUCUCAAAUUCGAGCCCAGCCUGGGCAACUGAGUGAUACUCUGUCUCAAAAAAAAAAAAAAAGAAAAAGAAAAACUGGGGAUCUAAGUGCAAAACUCUUCUGUUAGGGAAUUGAUCAUGUUAAAGUAUGCUGUGACUCCGCCUCACAGGCUACACUCUCCUGGUACAUUUUGGCUCCUAAAAUGACCUCAUGCCCUUAUCUCUGGUUUCCCUCCCCCCCCAAGGCCACAGUG